AUGAGAAACGUGAAAGAAGCCUCACAUAACAUCAAGGUACUCCCUUACAUGGCUUCAACUAGCAAGUCAAAAAGCAUUGCAGAGGAUGAAGAAGAGGAGGAGCUUGCGCGAUUUGAUGAUUUUACUCUUGCCUCUUCGUGGGAAAGGUUCAUUUCUGAUAUCGAGGUGGUUUGUCGACAGUGGUUGGCUGAUGGUCCCCAGAACUUACUCGUAAAGGGUGCUGUUCCAAUGGAUCUUUCAAAUGGUUUGUACAAGGUCAAAUCCGAGUUCAAAUAUGCUAUGAAAAGCUACUGCAUGGAGUACUAUUUCCAAACAACUAAUGAUGGAAAAGUAGCUGAUUGGAAUCAGACAUUGCAUGAUCUGCAGCUCUCUUUUGGGGUGAAAGAGUUUGUGGUGAUUGCUCCACAAAGUGCAAGUGGAGUGGUUCUUGAUUCACCAGAGGCCAGCAAGCUUUUGAGUGCCGUUGCCAUUGCUUUGUCUAACUGUACCAGUUUGUGGCCAGCUUUUGUCCCUGUUCACGAUCCUUCUCGUAAAGCUUAUAUAGGUAUCCAGAAUAUGGGAACAGUUUUCACUAGAAGAUUUGAAGCCGACCGAAUCGGUAGCCAGGUCCCGAUAAAGCUUAUGCAUUUGGAAGGAUUAUAUGAGCUGUUUGUUUCUAAAUUUGCCUAUACCAAAAUGGAUUUGUCAAUGCAACAAUUCAAAAUCCAUUUUAAGAUGAGGUUAACAUACAGAACCCCUACGUAUGACGAUGACGAAGAAGUACAUGAAGCUGAUGCUGGUGUCAGGGAAUCUGGCGGGAAUGCUGAAAGUGAAGCUCGCAAUAAAACUCAAUGGGAUGAUGAUUGUCCUUGGAGUGAGUGGUACACUACAGAUGACCCAGUCAAAGGUAACCGUGCUGCUGCUGUCACUAGUAGCUAUUUUGUUGUGCACUGUGGUGCUUAUUGUCUUUAG